AUGGCUCCGUAUUUUGUUUCUCUGGGAUUACAAGGUAUUGAGAUAGCUAAUAUGCUUUUUGAGCUUCUUGAAAGCUACCAUGAGAGACAGGAGUGCGUUUCACAUUUCAUCUUGGCAAACCUUGAAUAUGAUAGUACCUCCAAAAAGUUACUGUUUAGAGGUGGUGUACGGAUACUGGAUUUUGAUCACAAUAACUACUGCGACAAUAUGUCUGAUGCUGGCACGGUUUUAUCUGAAAUAUUCCGGUUCGAUGAGUUGAAGCUCCUGGCCGGUUAUUCUGGAAUACGGAUACCACCUGGGACUGCUAACAAUAAUGGCAAGAUCCCCAAGCUUGUACAGCUUUUGAUUCAUGACCUGCAAACUGAAAUAAGAGUAUUCCCUGGUGCUGGCAUGACCAAGCGUGCAAGAGCUUAUUUCCGCUGCCAUGUCGGCGUGAUGACCUCGGCUGCACGCCUAGCCUUUUGGUUAACAUCGGAGUUACACUUUGAAUACAUGGGCGGUGAGCAAUCUCUGGACACUUUUAUCGGUGAACUCCAUGUUCCUGAUUGGUCAACAUAUGCAGUCCUUUCACCUGCAAUGAUGACAGUAUAUCUUUGGCGGCACUACAACGUCUUCUCCAUGGGAUGCCAAUUGUCCUGUUCGCGUAAUUUUUUAAGUCAUGCUCGACAAAAUUUAGGUGCCCUGAUUUCAGAAAAACAGGCUGAGGCGUACCUGAACAUGGUGUUCGAGUGGCUGUUGUACUACUUGCUUUUGAAGUCUUCAUUUGCAAGAGCAGUGAUCGAUUGGAACAAACGUCCUCUACCCCCGGCACUGCCGCCGCCGCCGCCACCUUAUCCUGUGCCUGCUGGUCCAUCGCCAAGGCAACUCGAGUUCUCCAACGACUUCACAUUUGACCAAUUGAUUGAUACGACUGGAUACUUGGGUGACUGUUAGGAUUGAUCCUCC